AUGAGAUUCUUUGCCUUCGCUUUAAUUGCUUUAAUUGCUAUUUCUUGUGUUAGUGCCUAAUCUUAAGCUGAUCUUGAUAAGUUUAAGGAUUAUAUGGAUUGCAUUAAGAAAGUUAAAGAACCUUGCUAAACUACUGACAAGGAUUGCUUAGCUGAAUAAGAUAAAAUUGAAGAAUGCUCACAAAAAUGCAAAGAUGAUAAUGCUUCUUCCUAAAGUGAUGCUUUGAGCUGUGUUAAGAAAUGUACUUCCACCAAUAAGGACGUCUAAACUUGGUAUGAUGCUACUAUUGCUUGCCUUAGCUCUAGCAUGACCUCUUUCGUUUUAACUUUUGCUAUUGCUAUUUUUGCUCUCUUAUUCUGA